CCUUCUAAUCUAAUUUUGCAUUUGAACUGUUCCAUUCUGCGCUUUUAUCUGCCUUCAGUUAAUCCUUCAAUUCAUUUCUCUGCACAAUUUGUUCAAACACAAACUGGAACACAGCAGAGAAUUGGCAGAUCAGAUCAGAUAUGUUAUGAUGCACUGAUUUCUAACCGUUUUGGUCGGGUGUUCUUGAUGGAUUCCGGUUCAGCCCCAGAGAUUAAUCGCACCCGUUUCGACGAGGAUAAGCCCGGUUCGAAUCCAUGUUCCGACAACGAAAACGAUAUUCAGGAUCCAAGUGGGAAGCCAUUUAUGCCGUUGCUAACCUUUUGCAAGAGUGGGAAUAUGAAGGAUGAUUCGGUGGUCAAAGGUGAGAAGAACACGGGCAUUGAACAACGUUAUUCGAGGAUUGAGGAGAUGUCCGGCGAGGUUGCCGGAGAUGAGAAGCCUAAAAGUCUGGCGGCGUUGUUUUCCAUUCAACAGAUGGAUCACAGAGACUCCAUUUCGUCUUCUUCUUCAGGGCACCUGAUAGUCCCAGGAGGAGGAUCUAUGACGACGUCUUGUUAUGACACCAUGUCUUUUCGGUCAAACAGCACCACCAGCACACGAUCCUUUGCUUUCCCCAUAUUAGCAUCGGAUUGGAAUGGCAGCCCUAUGAGGAUGGCAGAUGGGGAUAGGACUAGGAGAUUCUCAAGGAAGAGGGGACAAUGGAGGAUGUGUUUUGGCUGCUACAACGUUUGAUUUGUUCAUAUUAUUUUUCUUCUAUCAUAGUCUGAAAACAAAAUACUUUUUAACAGUUUGCUACCUAUAAACUCAUACACAAGAAAGCACUAUCAUUGGGAGCAUACUUAGUUUUCUUUGUUUUCACACAAUUAUUAGGAUUUUUUUUUUAUAUUUCUUGUAGGCAAUUUUAAUUUUACCCAUACAAUUUUUUUAAAAUACAAAAUCUUGUUUUAUUUGUUGA